UAACCGAGACCCUUAACCUCAAAUUUAGUGACUCAUUUUGUAAACAAAAAAUUUAAACAUUUAAUAUUUGUAAUUUAGGAUAGUGAACAAUAACUACGCACGUUUCCAAAAUCUAUGAUCCGAAUAACAUUUGCAUGGAAAAAUUUGUUGAUGAAAUAAAUUCAAGAAAUGCGAAAAAACUCGCAUUUGUUCUUGUUUUUAGUUUCACUUGCUAUCACGGAUUACUUCAUUUGAAGUACGGCGACAAUUCUUGUAGGUGGCUUUUAUCUGAUGGCAGGUAUAAAGGGGAUAAGGAAUGGCAACCCUUUGGUUGCAUGCUACAUUUAUAUUCACAAAUGGACACCAGAAGAUGUUUACGAUAUAUUGCUUACUAUGAUGUUCAAACAUAUUUUGUGUUUGUGGGGGAUAGCAGAAUUAGAGACCUUUACAAUGGAUUUAUUGGGCAUUUGCAAAAAGAUGAAGACAAUUUUCAAAACAUGAAUGUGAAUCAUAAUCUAUCAUAUUUUGAUACUAAACUAAAUAUAAAAGUAGAAUAUAUAUUUGCACCCUAUAUUUCAGAAGAAAUCGGGCACAAUUUUAGAAAUUGGGACAAAACAGAACCAAGACCCUCCGUGAUUGUAAUUGGAUCUGCCCUGAGUCCAAUUAUCGCCUCUAAUGGCUCUGCAAUCAAACUUGAAGAAUAUAGAUUCAACAUUUCUCGCCUUGUUCAACCAAUUGACAACUUGAGUAAAAAGAAUGUUAGGAUCCUAUGGGCUCUGCAAAGCCCUGUCAAUCAAGAAAAACUUGGAAUUAAAUCGGGUAUUACAAACAGUCAGAUUGAUUUGUAUAACAAAGCGGCCAUAGAGGUUUUAUCUUUUUCAAAUGCUGAAUUGUGGUGGAGUAUCCGACUUAUAGGCCAAGGAAUGAUUCAAGAGAGUCCAGAUGGGAUUCACCUUGCCAAAAGACCUUUGAGAUAUGGUACUCAAAUAUUGUUGAAUAUGUACUGUAAUGACUACAUGAAUUUUUAUGAUGGCACAUGUUGCAGUUCUAUGGAGCCUUACACCACUCUCCAAGUUGUUACUUUCAUUUCCCUGGUAGCAUGUGUGGGCAUAGCAACUUUGAUCUUUAUUAAGAAAAUGAUUACUCGAAUCCGAUCAUGCGGAGAGGUCCAAUAUCAGCUACUGAACAACAUGCAGCUGCAAACCCCAAAUUCUGAAAAUUAUCACAUCUUAUUCACCUCAUUGACAAAACUCUCUUUCAUAAUGGCUUAUUUUUUCAUGUGUGACAGGGCGAAUUUUUUCAUGAAAGAGAACAAAUAUUAUUCAGAGUUUAGUUUUUGGUUGCCCAUAGGAUAUGUAACAGUUCUAGGAUUGUUCUUUGCAGAAGACGGAAAAAGGACUAAAGUGCUACAUCGUGACCAAAUUAAUGAAUGGAAAGGCUGGAUGCAACUCGUGCUUUUGGUGUACAAUGUCACUGGAGCUGGCAGAAUAUUAAUCAUCAACAUGCACGUUAAAGUACUAAUAUCUGCAUAUUUGUUUCUGUUGGGAUAUGAACACUUUUGUUAUGUCUGGUACAGGAAUGACAAUGGAGUUGUACAUUGUUUCAGGACACUUUUUCAGUUGAACUUUAUGAUAGUUAUGCUAUGCUUGUGCAUGAAUCGGCCAUAUCAGUUUUAUUAUUUUGGCCAUUUGCUCUCUUUCUGGUUCCUCAUGGUUUACUGCCUAUUGGUUCUGCCGCCUCACAUCACUGCCCAGAAUUCCGAAAACAUAAUGCAAUACUUUUAUAUAUUAGUCAAGUUCAUUUGUUUUUUUAGUAUAAUAACUGUACUAUUCCUUUCAGAAGUGUUUUUUGAAAAAAUAUUUGUCACUAGACCUUGGAAAGCUCUCUUUGUGACAACCGAUGAUGAUAUCCACGAAUGGUGGUUCCGAUGGAAGCUCGAUCGAUAUUCCUCUAUGUAUGGUAUGGGUUUUGCUUUGAUACUAAUCCUUGGUCAAAAGUAUAACAUAUAUGACGAUAACAAUUACUUUAACUUAUUCUCGAAACGUAUAGCGAUAAGUUCCACCUUAAUAGCCUUGUUCGGUUUGACGAUAUAUACGACCAUUACCUUGAUUUGUCAAAAUGAACUCGAAUGCAAUGAAAUACACUCUUACGUAAUGGUAUUUCCAAUCGUUAGCUAUAUUUUUUUGCGUAACGUGUCUGGAUUCCUUCGUACCCGUUAUUCAAGCUUUUUCGCAUGGUUCGGCGAAAUCCACCUUGAACUCUUCUUGAGCCAGUACCACAUCUGGCUAGCGGCCGACACUCACGGGGUCCUUGUUCUCGUGCCCGGAUAUCCGGUGCUUAAUCUCAUCGUAACGACGUUUAUUUUUGUCUGCGUUUCUCACGAAAUCCACCAAAUCACCAAAACAUUGUUACCUUAUGCUGUGCCCAAUGACUGGCGGCUAGUACUAAGAAAUUUCAUUUUAUUUCUAGCCGUUUUGGUUCCAAUCGGAAUCAAUGACGGUAUGUUUUAAAAUGACGUCGAUUUAUAUAUUUUUUAGAAAAUUUUACUCUUGUUUUAUCAGUAAUAUAUCGGAGGCAGUUUUCCAUUCGCUUGAGGUUUAGAUUAUUGCUGCACAUUCCCAAUUUUUUGUUCCUCACAAGUGUUCCGCAUACGGGGUUCCGAAACUCAAUGGCCUUUAGAAGUCUAUGGAGAGCUAAUAAAGAUAGGCUCUAAAAAUUGGGUUCCGGCCAUAGAAGAGUAUGAUCUUUAUUUUAAAAAUAUUUGGGACAUUGCAGUGUUGGCACAUCUUAAUUUUUUUUAUAGAAAGCCCUGUAUGUAUUAUAUUUUUAUCUCCUAUGAAAAAAACUAAAACUAUGUAAUAUACAUUAAAGCUCGGUUGAGCAAUUGAACAAUUUUUUAUUCCUUACCCAUCACAGUAUUCCGCAUACAGGGUUCCCAAACUCGAUGGCCUUUACAAAUAUAUAAAGAUAGGCUCUAAAAAUUGGGUUCCAGCCAUAGAAGAGUAUAGUCUCCAUUUUUAAAACAUUUGGAACAUUGCAGCGGUGCCACAUCUUGAUUUUUUUUUAGAAUGCCCUGUAUGUAUUACAUUAUAUUCUAUGAAAAAAUCUAAAACUAUGCAAUAUACCAUAAUAGUUCUCUUGAGCUAUUUUGGAGAUACAAGUUAUUUUUUAGAACGUUUGGCCUAGAUAUGAAAAUAAUUAUCAAAUAUUGCAACCGUUUUAGAUAAAAAUAUGAAAUUUUGUUUUCGACUUGUCAAUAGGCUGCUGUAUUAUGCUAGGACAUUAAGAUAUCGCAUCCAAAGUGUUUAGAAAAUUAUGCACAUUUAGUAAAAUAUAAAAUACAUUACGGCAAUAAACAGAAUGAUUCAUUCUUGACCUAAAAGUGUUAUAACAAACUAUAUGUAUUUUCAACCGUUUUGGAAUUAAAAGCGAAAAACAGUUUGUCCGUUACGCGUUUCUUCGUAGAUCGUUAACUUGCUACCGGUGGCAUCAAUGGACUUUUAAGAAGACGCUAUAAGACCGUACUCCUACUAUUUUUGGUUUAAAUAUUUUAAAUUUAAAUGCUAACACAUGCUAAAUGCACCUGCAUACCCAGAGCAUAAUUGUCACAUUGAUAAGCGGGAAAGCUCUGAAUCUAAGAAUAAUUUCCAGGAUCUUCCUUUGACCACUAGAUUUUUUUUUUAAUGCAAACCCAUAUAACGAAGGGUCAAACAUACAGCACUUUGCAUUCUUAUCUGACCACCCCGCACAGAAAGCGCGCUCUAGCGGCACAAUUAAGGAGUGUAAACACAUCACAUGCAUCUUUUCAACGAGGCCACGUUUUUUAAAAUUGAGAUAAAUAGGAGAUAGAGAAUCUUCAGGACAGUCUGUACCGGUUGGUUAAUCGAGUGAACUCCAUCUGGCUUUGCAAAAAAAUGAAAUGAACUAAAAUUAAAUUACUGGCGGUUUGUUGUUAGGACCCGUGUAUAGUGUUUCAUUCAAUAGAAAUAGUUGUAUAAAAGAUUUGAUAAAUAAAUAAAUUGGUUUUUAAUUUAUUUCAAUUCAUUAUUAAAAUUUAAAACUAUAUUUCUACCUUAAACUAUAAAUAACACCUGUAUUUUGAAUUUUGGCAAGCUCAGCUGAAGCUGUUUGCUUAACCCAGUAUGCAAAAAUUUACAAAUACUAUCAGAAGUAAAACCAAUAACUACAAUCAUAAUAUUACAUACUAAACUUGAGAAAUGAAAUGAAAAAUCAGAUAAAACGAUAUCGCGCAUUAGCUAGAUGCCCUCCUGCAACAUUUUUGCGCUUGAACGCAUUUUCAAGUCGCUAAUAAUAGAAUGGUUAUAUAUCAAUUACAAAAUUAUAAGACAAAAAUUCCGAACCCAUUGUUUGAAUAAGUUUUAAUAAUUAAUAAUUACAGUAAGUAGCAUAGUUAAAAUGUCACCUGUUUUUUUUUAAUGUAUUUUGCAUUUGAAUUUGUAACCAAGAAACAUUUGGUAAUAAAGUAACCAGUACAUACAUACAUACUAUGUUCUCGUAAGGCAAUUUUUCAGCAUGAUAACUUGUGUAUGCACCACACAUUAACCUACUGUUUAGUUAAAGAGGUUGUGGUGUAUUAAUAUGUGUUUUAGUAUAUAUUUCCUAUGCAAGCAUAGCCAACUUUAUAUUGGGAAAUCAUAAAUACUGCAACCUCCUAAAAUUUUUCCACCACUUCAAACUCAUAAUAAUUAGCUCAGCAAUAUCCUACAGAUUAAGAUUUACUAAAUGCAAAUCUGUAUGGCUGCAUUAUACCUUUAUAUUAUGUAGAACGCCCUUUUUAAAAAAAUGUUGAAUCAUUUCAUUAUGACUAACCUACAUGUUUUUUGCAAAAUUGGAUUCAUUAUUAUUGUGUUAAUUAAAAUUUUUAUUUCUGUAAUGGGGUUUAAUUAAAAUCACUUUUUCGUUAAGUACAACUAGUCGAUGGUAAUGUCACGUCUAGUUAAAAACAUCUGCUCCAACAUCACCAAGUAUAUUACAUUCUACUUACAUUACAUAAAAAAGAAACCUCAUAUGAAAAACUGAAACUCCAAAUUGACAAUUAAACUUCUGAUUAUUUACUGUAUAGAUAGAUGUCUAAGUCUUUGGAUUGAUUAUAAUAAGGUGAAAUAACUCACGAAGAAAUAAUUUUAAAGUGAAAAUUGGUUGAUCAGCAAACACUGAAGAAUUAAUAUAGAUUUUAUGACUUUUAAAGUUAUAUUUUGUAUUUAUUACUGUGACAAUAAAUUAUUCUUUUAGAAUUGUUUUUCAAGU